AUGAGUGCAAUAUUGUCAGCAGAUGAUUUGAAUGAUUUCAUUACCCUUGGUGCUGCUUGUAUAAAGCCACCAACCGUAAGUAAACCAGCAGAUGAUUCUAAUGAAAAUCUUGAAGUCGAAGUUCAAAUAGAUAACGAUGGAAAUGGAUUAGAAGUUUCUAAAGAUGGUACUACCACAAAUUUGUCAGCAGCUCAAAUAUCACUUGCUGAUUGUUUGGCAUGUUCAGGGUGUAUAACAUCAGCUGAAGAAAUAUUAGUAGCACAACAUUCACACGAUGAGUUGGUCAAAGCUUUGAAGAAUAAUACUGAUAAACUGUUUGUUGCAAGUGUGUCUCAUCAAGCCAGAGCAUCAUUAGCAACUGCUUUUAACUUGAAAGUCGAGGACAUAGAUAGAUUACUUAUAAAUUUAUUCAUAAACCAAAUGGGAUUCAAGGCUGUGGUAGGUACAUCCUUAGGAAGAAAAUUAUCUUUAGUUAACGAAUCAUUUAACAUCAUAAAUAAGAAAGAGCAACAGAAUUCACAAGAACCUAUAUUAUCAUCUAUUUGUCCAGGGUGGGUACUUUAUGCAGAAAAAACUCAUCCUUUCAUAUUAUCAAAGCUAUCCGAUGUCAAAUCGCCACAACAAAUAACUGGUUGCUUAAUGAAGAAUUUAAUGUCUGAGCAAUUAGAGACUGAUAAAUCUAAUAUUUAUCAUUUAUCUAUAAUGCCUUGCUUCGAUAAAAAGUUAGAAAGCGCCAGACCUGAGGAUGGAGUUGAAGAAAGUUUCAAAGAUGUGGAUUGUGUAUUGACUGCCAAAGAAUUAGUUACAUUGUUAGAUCAACAGAAGGAUCUUUUCCAAUUAAUACCUUCAAAUGCCAACAAGAUUUUGAAUUCUCCAAUUGCAAUUAAUGAAUUGUAUAAGAAAGUGGCUCCUGUAAAUUGGCCCAUGAUUGAAGAUUCCUGGACAAGUGAUGAAGGGUCAACUUCUGGAGGUUAUUCAUACAAUUACUUAAAGAUCUUGAAAAAACAUUUGAUUUUGAAGAACAACCUUUUGGAAGAGAAUUUCGAGUUGAAAACGAUCUAUGGUAAAAACUCCGACGUCUAUGAAAUGAGAUUGAUGUAUAAUAAUGAAAAAGUUGGAAGUGCUGCUAUAAUCAAUGGAUUUAGAAAUAUUCAAAAUUUAGUCAGAAAAUUUAAACCUGACAAUAAACCAAAGGGUAAGUUCAAUCCUUUGGUUGCAAGAAGAAGAGCAAGAAAAGGGGUUGCCUCAAAAAGCGAAGAAGAAUUAGCAGACCCUUUCACCUGUGAUUAUGUGGAAAUUAUGGCUUGCCCAAAUGGGUGUAUCAACGGAGGAGGACAAAUCAGUCACCCUACUGAUGUGACUGAAAAAGACUGGUUAAUGAGAGUUGUAGAAAACUAUCAGAACAUUCCAAUAUUUGAAUUGACUAAUUCAUCAACUAUUAAUGAUUUGAUUAUUUGGAGUGAAAGUUUUUCUAAUAAGUUUCAAGUCAGUGAAAAUAGAUUAUUCAGAACUUGGUUUAAAGAAGUUCAAAAACCUACUGACCCCAAUGAAAUCAUGUUGGGUGCAAAAUGGUAA